CACCAACCGAACCCAAGUCCGGCAACCGGGGGUCCUUCACGUGGCAGCUCGUAUUCGCCUCGCUGGAUCUGCUUCGCCCGAGCUUCUUCCAGAACCACACCCACUUUCCUAAAAGGAAACCCCCCUCCCAAACCAUGUUCUCCUCUGCCUACCUGUUGGUCACCGCAUGUUGUCUGUUCGCAACCCUGGGAUCCUUCCUAUUCGGAUAUGAUUCCGGGGUGAUCUCCACUGUCAUCGACCAGGAGACGUUCAAACAUCGAUUCCAUCGUCCCUCGGAUGCCGCCACGGGCGGGAUCGUCGCCUCGUAUAACGGCGGCGCCAUCAUAGGUUCCUUGCUUGUCUCAUACCUCUCCGACCCGUGGGGUAGGAGACCCGUUCUGUUCGUUGGCGGUCUUCUGGCGACCCUCGGGGCCGCUUUGCAGGCGGGUGCGGUCAAUGUGGCCAUGCUCAUUGCUGGCCGCUUGGUUGCCGGCCUGUCGGUGGGCCUGAUGUCAUCCAUCAUCCCCGUCUACUGUAGCGAAGUAUCACCCCCGCGAAUCCGAAGCUUUUUAGGAUCCCUACAACAAUGGAUGAUUGGAUUGGGGGCAGUCGUCGCAGUAGGUUGCUCGAACCACUGGAAAUAUAUACUCUAUGACCUGACUCAAUGGGUUGGAUACGGCUGCUCUCUCCGCACAGGGAACUUCACCUGGAGCUUUCCGCUCGCCCUGCAAGCUCUGCCUGCGAUCGUCCUCAGCGGUGGAAUCUGGCUCCUCCCCGAAUCCCCCCGCUGGCUCAUCGAACAAGGUCGCAUCGAUGAAGGCCGCACCACGCUCACUCGCCUCCACGCAGCCAACACCUCCCUCAUCGAGACCGAAUACGCGCAAAUUCGGGCCAGCAUCGCCGAAGAGCGACGCCGCGCCCCGCGCACCUGGCGUGCUCUCCUCUUCACCUCGGCGACCUGGCGCCAUCGCAUCCUCCUCGCCUGCGGCAUGCAAGCCUUCACGCAGUGCUCUGGCACCAACAUCAUCUCGACCUACAACCCGAGCCUCUACCGCUCGCUCGGCCUGUCCGAGACCACCUCGCUCAUGAUCCAGGGCAUCUGGGGCGCGCUCGCCCAGUUCUGGAACACCGUCUUCAUCAUCCUGUUCAUCGACCGGGUCCCCCGGCGCACCCUCCUCCUGCCCUCCCUCGUGGGCAUGGGCGCCACGAUGUGCAUCGAAGCCGCCCUCGGCCAAGCCUACCGCAACUUCACCACCGACCCGCCCGCGCCCGCGACCGCCGUCCGCGCCGCCAUCGCCUUGUUCUUCGUCUUCUCCGCCUUCUUCACCAGCCUGGGUCUCAUCUCCUGGCUCUACCAGUCCGAGAUCUUCCCCACCGCCAUCCGCGCCCGGGGGGCCUCGAUCGCCACCGCCACAAAUUGGAGUCUGAACCUGGUCUUCGCCCAGUGCACCCCGAUCGCGCGCUCGCGCAUGGGCUUCAAUUACUUCUACUGCUUCGCCACGUUCAAUUGGGCCGCCGCCCUACUAGUCUGGUUCGCCUACCCCGAGACCGCGGGCCGGUCGCUGGAGGAGGCCGAGCAUGUUUUCGAUCGACGAGGAUCGAAGGAUGAAAGGAACCAUGACCAGGGGCUGGAGCUCCAGCAGGACAGGAAAGGGGGAUUAGCCAUGGUUUCUUCGGCGGAGGCGAGUGCAAAUCCCCUACACCACAGGUGA